CAGUUUAUUGAACGGGCGCUAAAUCUGUUGUCUGUGUAUCUCCCAGUGCAGUCCAGAGGAGAGUAAGCUUACUGGUGAAAACAAGUAGUUUAGACAGUGCCGUUUUAAUGAACUUUGAUGUAACUCGACCCAGCGGCGAGAUAAACUCAUUGCGAGACGUCGGCAGCUUGUGUUAUCGCGUGUCGCGAGCAAUGCUGAGGAAACUAACCGCCACUUCGUGAACCGAGCUGGAGACUGCAAGCUAGCAAACACUCGCUAGCUUAGCUUCUUAGCAACAAUGUCUGGACUUCCACAGAAUAAUUUGAAGGAGCAGCUGGCGAGGCACAGCAAUGCUGCCCAAAGCAGGCUGUCUCUGGCUAAACCCAAAACGGGGGCUUUUUGUUUCAAAAAGAAAUCAUCAUCUGGUACAACCAAAGUGGAAGUCCCAUCCAAGGUAAUCAGCUCUAAUGUUUUGGCAAACAGGAAUGUCAAUGUCCCUAAGAACAGUUUGGUGACUGAAUCUCCUUUGACAUUUUCAAACAAGCCUGAAAGACCUCAAAAAUCCAAAAUCAACAGCUUCUUCACUACCAGUUCAAAAAGCAAGUCGGACUCCUGCAGCCUAGCAGGUGACUGUGCUGCAGCAAGCCAGACUUCUUCAGCAGUGUCUGCAAUUAAGGUGACUACAGCUCCAGCAAAAUCUGACAACCAGUUAACUAGUAGUACACGAGGCACUUCCAGUCUGGAUGCAUCUCUUGGAUUUCCACUGGACGACUGGGAUGAUUUUGAUGACUUUGAAACUCCUGUCAAAACCAAAAAGGACUCAUUCAAUUCAGAAAUAACUGAAAAGAGCUACAACCCUGUGCCAUCUCCUGGAGAAAAAACACAAUUCGCUGGAAAGACUGGUCUUUCCAUAAGUGAACAAUCUUGUAUCAAAACGGAUGAAUUUGGCCACAGUUUCGACAAAGCUGCAAUUUCAUCAGGACCUAGUUUAAAUCAGGACCCAGUAGAGAGUGAACCUGAGGAUUCGCCAAUUAAAACCACCAGAAGACGACGUCGUCCUCCCCCUCCUCCUCCUCCGAAAUCUGUCUUCAGUGAUAGUGAAGAGGACAACGAUGUUGAGUUUGAGCCUUUUAAAGGAACAGCAGAAAACAAGAAAACAUGGAUUGACCCAAAGGUAAUAGAGCUUGAUGAAAACUCAGAGCCUGAAGAUGACCUUGAUUUCAUUCCCCCUUCUCCGAUCCCUGAUGAGAUCUCAUCUGCAUUGGAAACGAGAUUUAAAUCAGCUGCUACUGAAAACAAAGCCAGUCCUGUGCAAUCAAAGGGACCUGUCACAACACUAGAUGAACCCUCUGAUCACCUAUCAAAAGACAAAACAAAUGAGCAACUCCUCACUAUCAUGGAAUCCAUUUGUGCUCUAGUUGAUUCCAUCCCUGAAUAUGAGCUAAUAGGACUGUCUUGUGGAAAUGAGCUUUUGCUGAAGAGGGCUCAAAGGAAGCGGAUUAUUGCAACUGGUGGUGGCAGUUUAAUGAGGAUGCAGCAGCCAGACAGCACUGUGCUUUCUGAGCCCAGCUUUAAAGAUAAAUCUUCUUUUAGCUGUGAUACAUCUAGUUUGAUGUCGCCCAGCUGCUCGGUUCCCAUGGACUCCAAGAAUCCUCUUCAGAUCAGGAGAUCUUCAGCCUUCUCAGUGGACUAUGACACUGAUCAUUCUGACAGUAUUAUUAAAGUAAAACCUUUGCGCAGUGAACACAGCAGGACAACACACGUGGAAAGUGAAAAUAUCGGUGACUCAAAUCCAUAUUUUGAUUGCUCAAAGAAAUCGAGCACAGACUUGAACGGUUCAGAUCUCUUCUUCUCAACCAAGAAGUCAGAGACUUCUGUCGUUCACAGCAAAUUUGAAACCUCAGCUGUAGAUAAUAAAGAGCUAGAUGACUUUUACGAUGACGACUUUGACAUUGAUGAUUUUAAUGACUCGGACAUCCCAGAUUACUUUGAUGAAACCCCAACAGCGCCGCAAAAGAACUCAAGCAAUGUGACUACAACAGUGAAAGAGGGGGGACCAAGCAAGUCUACAUGGGAGAGGAAACCAACAACACCAGUGUCUGCACCUAAACCUUCAAAGAUCAGCUCUCCAGAACCGAACUUCAGAAAUCCAGCCCAUGAUCGCUUCAGAGGGUUCGGCUUCCCCUACUCACAGGAGAUGAUGAAGAUCUUCCACAAGCGUUUUGGUCUUCAUCAGUUCAGGUUCAAUCAAUUGGAAGCAAUUAAUGCCACGCUUCAGGGAGAAGACACCUUUAUUUUGAUGCCCACAGGUGGCGGUAAGAGUCUUUGUUACCAGCUGCCUGCCUGCGUAUCUCCAGGAGUCACUGUGGUCAUCUCCCCACUCAAAUCACUCAUUGUAGACCAGGUCCAGAAACUCACUACACUGGAUAUCCCUGCAACAAGCCUGUCUGGUGAAAAAAGUGACAGUGAAGCAGCAAGGAUCUACAUGCAGCUGUCAAGGAAAGACCCCAUCAUUAAACUGCUGUAUGUCACUCCUGAAAAGGUGAGUGCAAGUAACAGGCUGAUCUCCGCCCUGCACAACCUGUACGAGCGAGGCCUUCUGGCCCGGUUUGUCAUAGAUGAGGCCCAUUGUGUCAGUCAGUGGGGCCACGAUUUCCGCCCAGACUACAAACGGUUGCACGAACUGCGUCAGAAGUUCCCCAACGUGCUGAUGAUGGCCCUGACGGCCACUGCCACCCCCCGUGUUCAAAAAGACAUCCUCCACCAGCUGAAUAUGACUCGGCCACAGGUGUUCACCAUGAGCUUCAACAGGACAAACCUGAAAUAUGCCGUGUUGCCCAAGAAACCCAAAAAAGUGGACGAGGACUGCAUCAGCUGGAUCAAGAAGCACUAUCCACGUGACUCUGGCAUUGUUUACUGUCUGUCCCGUAAUGACUGUGACUCCAUGGCUGAGAGUCUGCAGAGAGCAGGGCUGUUAGCUUUGUCGUAUCACGCAGGCUUGAACGAUGCUGACAGAGAAUAUGUGCAGACCAAGUGGAUCAAUCAGGAUGGCUGCCAGGUCAUCUGUGCCACCAUCGCCUUUGGCAUGGGCAUCGACAAGCCUGACGUGCGCUAUGUGAUCCAUGCCAGUCUGCCCAAGUCAGUGGAGGGUUACUAUCAGGAGUCCGGGAGAGCUGGCAGAGACGGAGAGAUCUCUCACUGUAUUCUCUUCUACACCUACUCUGACGUGCAACGCAUCAAGAGGAUCAUCAGCAUGGACCGAGAAGGUGACAGACAAGCCAAGGCAACACAUUUCAACAACCUCCACAGCAUGGUGCACUUCUGUGAGAACACGAUGGAGUGCAGAAGAAUUCAGCUACUCGCAUACUUUGGGGAGCUGAAGUUCAACAAAAGCUUCUGUAAGGACCACUCAGACGUCAGCUGUGACAACUGCUCCAAACCCAAUCAAUACAAGAAGAGAAAUGUCACCGAGGAUGUGAAGAAGAUUGUGAGGUUUGCCCAGGAGAACUGCGAGAAAGUUGGAGGGGGGUACCGUAAGACAUCUCAGCAAAACAGACUGACACUGAAUAUGCUGGUGGAUAUCUUCAUAGGGUCUAAAGCUGCUAAGGUUCAGACAGGAAUGUUUGGGAUAGGAGGAGCUUACUCGAGGCAUAAUGCUGACCGUCUCUUCAAGAAACUGAUUCUCGACAACAUCCUGAUGGAGGAUCUCUACAUCACCAACGGCGGCCAAGCUGUGUCUUACAUCUCUGCCGGACCCAAAGCUAUGAACGUGCUCAAUGGACACAUGCAGGUGGAAUUCUAUGAGACAGAGAGUGCAUCUAGCAUCAGGAAACACAAAGCUGCUGUAUCCAAGAACGUCACUCAGAGAGAGGAGAAGGUUCAGGAGUGUCUGAAGGAGCUGACAGAUCUAUGCAAGCAGCUGGGAAAAGCUUUUGGCGUUCACUAUUUUAACAUCUUCUCCACCACCACCUUGAAGAAUAUAGCUGAGAAGCUUUCUCCUGACACUGAAGUCCUGCUACAAAUUGACGGUGUGACAGAAGACAAACUAGAGAAGUAUGGAGCUGAAGUGAUUAAGGUCCUGGAGAAAUACUCUCCAUGGCAGAUGACUGCUGAGGAGCCAACUGACAAUGGCGGAGACGGGUGGAUAGAUACGACUGCAGGCCGCGCACAGAUAGAUUAUGAUGAUGAUGAAGACGCAGAGUCCUCCACCUACUUCAGUAAUCGGGCCCCACGGGGACAGAAGAGAAAGAAAGCUCCUUUCUUCCAGUAUUCCAAGAAGAAGAAAGGAAAUUACAACUCUAAAGGUCGUGGCUACAGCAGCAAUAGAUUGUCGUCGUCAUCGGGCUCCAGGGCCGGAUCAAAAGCUGCAGGCCGGGGGUCCAGGAGCUCAGCAGGAGAUGCAUCAGCAGGAAGGAGACCGGGCUUCAUGUCCAUCCCGACCCCUCAGACCAACCACAGACCCUUCCUAAAGCCGACCUUUUCUCAUCUGGGUUAAUACCGUCGACUGGAUGACAAACCACUUUUUCACUACAUUUACAAACCAGUUGAUGUAAGUAACUGUAUAGUUAUGUUCUGUGCAGGAUGAUAAUAUUUGUAUAUUGGUUGUACAAUGUGUCUUUCACUGUCUGUCUUGUGGUGUACAUGUUAUUUUUUAUAAUAAAGACAAAUUGAUUUUUUUUAU